AUGGCUGACAACGGGCCGCCCACGACCUCUGGUCAGCUUCCCCCUCCCCCGCAGCCCAAUGCGGGCGCGCCUGGCUACGAGAACGGCCAGAACGCCGGAGGCAAUCCGUCGCACAUGCCUCCCCCGCCUCUGCAUAUCCCGCAGAACACCAACCCCAUUCCGACGGCGAUCACUUCACCGAUGGGCGCUGGCGGCGAUAAGAGCGGUAUGAUGUCUCCCGGUGGUGGUGGUGGCCCUUUUGGCCGUCGCGCUGCCCCUGAGCCGAACAAGCGCGCCUUGUACGUUGGCGGUCUCGACCCCCGCGUUACUGAGGACGUGCUGCGUCAAAUCUUCGAGACCACCGGCCAUGUUCAGAGUGUCAAGAUCAUUCCCGACAAGAAUGCUAAGGGGUACAACUACGGCUUUGUUGAGUACGACGACCCUGGCGCCGCCGAGCGUGCCAUGCAGACUCUGAAUGGCCGGCGAGUCCAUCAAUCCGAGAUUCGUGUCAACUGGGCCUAUCAGUCCAACAACACGAACAAGGAGGAUACCUCGAACCAUUUCCACAUUUUUGUGGGCGACCUUUCCAAUGAGGUCAACGACGAGGUCCUGCUGCAGGCUUUCUCCGCCUUCGGCUCCGUUUCGGAGGCUCGCGUCAUGUGGGAUAUGAAGACUGGUCGCUCCCGUGGCUACGGCUUCGUUGCUUUCCGCGACCGCCCGGAGGCCGAGAAGGCUCUGAGCUCCAUGGACGGCGAAUGGCUCGGCUCCCGUGCCAUCCGUUGCAACUGGGCUAACCAGAAGGGCCAGCCGUCCAUGGCUCAGCAGCAGGCCAUGCAGCAGAUGGGCAUGACCCCGACCACCCCGUAUGGCCACCAUCACUUUCCCACCCACGGGGUCCAUAGCUACGAUAUGAUCGUCAGCCAGACCCCGGCGUGGCAGACCACUUGCUACGUGGGCAACCUGACCCCGUACACCACCCAGACCGACAUCGUCCCUCUGUUCCAGAACUUUGGCUUUGUUGUUGAGUCUCGCUUCCAAGCCGAUCGUGGCUUCGCUUUCGUCAAGAUGGACACCCAUGAGAACGCCGCGAUGGCCAUCUGCCAGCUGAACGGCUACAACGUCAACGGUCGCCCACUCAAGUGCAGCUGGGGUAAGGACAAGACUCCGAACCAGCCUCAGGGCUUCGAUCCCAGCCAGCAGUACAGCCCCCAGAGCGCUCAGACUCCUGGCUAUCCCGGUACACCCUCCACUUACUUCAACCAAUACGGCGGUGGUUCCUUCGGUCCCGGUCAGCAGCCCGGAUAUGCCGGUCCACAGGCCCAAUCUCCCGCCGGCUAUGGCGGUCAGCCCAUGGGCGGCUACAACGGCCCCCCGAGCGCCGGCGGCUACGGCCGUGGCGGCCAGCAGUCCAACGCGCAGUGGAACCAGGCUCCUCAGGGCCAGAGCUUCAACAACGGCUUUUCUGGUUACCAAGGUUAG